AUGCCAAACCCAACCCCCGCCGAAACAGAAGCUCACCAAAAACUCCUCGACACCCUAGACAUCGCCCAAAUCCCCCGCCCCUUCCGCUCCUCCACCUGGCGUCCCUCGCAGCGCCGCAACAAAAACGUCAAACAACUCCUCUCCGAAAACUCCAGAAAAGAAGCCACCGCAUCCGUCCUAGCCACGCAAGCAAACUCCGGCGCAACAACACCCCUCCUACCAACCACCGGCACAGAAACACCAGCCGAAGGAGCACAGGGCGGAGAGAAUAUCGCGCAGGCAGCGCAGAACCUGUCAACGCUGGUUUUGGAGAGGAAUGCGAGGAUGGCGAGUUCGGGCUCAGGGCCAUCCGUGACAUGGACGAACAUCGAGUCUGCGCCGUCGUUGCAUCCUGCACAGCAGAAGCGGUAUUGUGAUAUUACGGGGUUGCCGGCUGCGUAUACGGAUCCGAAGACGAGGCUGCGGUAUCAUGAUAAGGAGGUUUUUGGGGUGAUUCGGUCGUUGGCGCAGGGUGUGCCGGAGAGUUACUUGGAGGCUAGGGGGGCGCAGGUUGUGCUCAAGUAG